GUUUGUUUCGUUGUGACACGUCGUGUUGCUUCGACUCGUGUGGAAAGUGUUUGGUUGUGUCGCACUGUGUGUGUGUGUGCGCGCUCCAUGUGAGGAGGAGGUGCAGAAUGGCUCCUUCAGUCUGACUUGUGAUUCAUUUUUUCCACCUCUCUCUCUGGGUCUCCGUCCGGAGGAGCUCCACGCGCUCGCACCGUGACACUUUGGACCUCUUUCUGUGUGUCUCUCCUUCUUUUCGUGGGUUCUGAUGGAGCACUCAGUGAACUCUUAGUCUCGGAGGAGUCAUGGAUCUGCAGGUGAUAGUCUGGUUCUUCCACUGCUGCCUGCUGCCCGCCGCGCUCCUCACAGGUUGUCUUUUUCGCUACAGUCUCUUCUCCCUGGUUUAUUUCCUCUUCCUGCUACUGUUGCCAUGGUUUCUCUGUCCCAACAAACACACCAUCAAAGGUCACACCGGCCGUUUCAUCCGAGCGGUCUUCUGUAGCAGCCUGGUGUUCGUGCUGGGUCAUGUCUGCUUCCAGAUGGUCCUGUACACGUAUCCGCCCCUCGACGAGGCACUCGGUGACAACUGUUCACAGUGGGACACCAUCAGCAGACACAUAGGAUUGUCCAGGCUUCCCCUGGAUGAUCCGUGGAGCGUGAUCCGGCUCCUGUGUCCUGACCUGGCCGUGUGUGCAGUCGCCUUAGUGACCGUCAUCCUCUGCUGUCGGUUAGUGAGGAACAGAGAGAUGGUGGCUGCUGCUAACAUCACAUCGCUUGAUGAUUAUCAGACCGACAGAAACGUUGCUGAUGGGGACGGUGAAGAUGAAGAGGUUUCUGGAGAUGAGGAUGAAGACGAGAGGUCGUCAUGCGGGGAGCUGGAGGAGGAGGAGGAGGAGGUCUCAACGGCGACCAGAGCCAAGCAGCUGGCAGAGCAUUUGAAAAGAACAGCCUGGAAAGUUCUGCGGGACCUGGGCAGAAUCUUGGCCGUCAGCCUGCUCGCACUGGCUGGCAUCGCGAUGCCGUCGGCCUUCUCAGCUGUUUAUUUCCUGCUCUUCAUCGGGGUGUGCACGUGGUGGGCGUGCCACCUUCCCAUCAGUCACCUGGGUUUCAAUGCGCUGUGUGUGAUGGUCGGCUUCUUCACUGCUGGUCACCUGGUUUGUCUGUACCUUUACCAGAGUCUCCUGGUCCAGGCCCUGUUCCCGCCCCACAGCCUGUGGGCGAGACUCUUUGGACUGAAGGACAUCAUCAUACCAGGAAACUGCUCCUCACCCUAUGAACUCAACCUGAACUCCAGUCACAUUUGGCCCGUGUAUGUCAACCCAGGAAUAAUGCUGCUCCUCUACUUUACCAUCGUAAUCAUUCUCAAGACAGGAUAUCAUCGGACUCAGGAGAAGCAGGAGGACAGAGAUGGCCCACAGAAGGAAAUGUUUGAAUUGAGGUCCUGGUCCCCGCGCAAAGACACCUGUGAUGAUGACACACAGGUCACCCUCCUGUCUGUGGGAACAGAAAGCAGCCAAGCAGCAGCUGGAGAGAGUCCACCUGGACCACCUGAUCCACCUGAUCUCGGUCUCAGUGGCGCCCCCAGUGGCCAACAGAGUGAAAGCCCUCUGUCCAUGCUGGGGCGGGUGGUGAUGCAGCAGAGCUACAUCUGUGCCCUCAUUGCCAUGAUGGUGUGGAGCAUCACCUACCACAGCUGGCUGACCUUUGUGCUGCUCCUGUGGGCGUGUCUGAUCUGGAUCCUGCGUGCCAGCCUCGCUAACCAUCUGACCAAGACGAGAGGGAAACUGAAAUAUGUUCUAAAAAUCUUUAGUGGCCAAACAUUAAUAUGGUUUACUUCUUCUUGUCGUUGCAGAUAUCCUUCUAUCCCCCUGAAGGAAAGAGUGAAAAUUGCUCAGAAUUGGUAUGAUGGUGUCUGCAAAAGACACAUUCCCCUCAAAUGGAAAAUGAAGUUAUUACCUUGGUUACAGCUGGACGGGGACAUGCUGUUUCUGUCUCAGGCUGCAGAUAUCAGAGUUUACCAAGUGAGACGAGACCGGGACAGGCUCCACCCGAAGCCAUCUGCCGUGUACUCGGGCCACAAGGGUGAUGUUUGUCGCUUUUCUCUGACGGACUCUCACUUGGUUAGUGGUGGAAGUGACGGCAAGAUCAGGAUCCACAGCAGAAGGAGCAACACGUCAGUGGAGUUAUCAGGUCAUAAUCAAGAAGUGAACUGCUUGGACUUGAGAAGUGGACUCAUCGUCACCGGCUCCAGAGACAGAACGGCCCGGGUUUGGACUUUAACAUCAGUUUUUCCCAGAAGCACGGUGUCCAUGCAGGACAGAGUGUGGUCCGUGGCUCUCAGCCCCACCCUGAGCUCCUUUGGAACAGGCUCUGCAUGCUGUGAAAACUUCUCCCCGCUCCGCAUCUGGGACAUCGAACGGUUGGAGUGUGUUUGCUGUCUGGGUUCCGAGUUCCGUCGUGGAGCAGGGAUUUUGGACAUGGUGUUCGAAUCACCUUUUCACCUCUGCAGUUGUGGCUAUGAUACAUUCAUUCGUCUGUGGGACCUCCGUCUCAGCCCGCGGAAGUGUGUGUUGGAGUGGGAAGAACCUCAUGACAGCGCUCUGUACUGCAUCCAGACCGACGGAAAUCACAUGAUCGCCAGCGGAUCCGCCCACUACGGCGUGGUUCGACUCUGGGACAAGCGACAGACACGGUGCCUUCAGUUUUUCCAGCUCAGUGUGGACCGAGAGAGCAGCCCGGUUUACUGCCUAAGGUUCACCAGCUCUCACCUGUAUGCUGCACUCUCUACUGCCCUGCACUCUCUGGACUUCAGACACAGCGCCAGAGCGCACACACGUGUGUCGCUUGUAUAAACAUGGUGAUUUUCACAAUAAAUGUUUU